UAAGACCGUGUGGCAGAAAAGUCACCAAAGCCUCACAGAGCAAUUCGUCACAUGCAGAAAAAUGCAAAAUGGACAAUGACUCAUCCCAUCUCUGGCAAAUAAAGGUUUCUGGCAUCAACAUUAAUUUCCAAGAUUUGUGGCAAAAGGCCCACAUCUAGGGACAGAGAGGGAGCAAACACUGUCAUGGCAGAGAAGUGCGAGUACAUCGCCAGCGUGUACGGUUAUGACCUGGGCUGCCGUUUCAUCAACUUUCGGCCCUUGGGCUUCGGUGUGAACGGGCUCGUCUUGUCUGCGGUGGACAGCAAAAGCUGCCGCAAAGUAGCUGUGAAAAAGAUCGCUAUCAACGAUGCGCAAAGCAUGAAACAUGCCUUCCGGGAGAUCAAGAUAAUCCGCAGGCUGGACCACGACAACAUCGUGAAGGUCUAUGAGGUGCUGGGGCCCAAAGGAGCAGACCUGCAGGGAGACCUGUUCAAAUUCAACAUGGUGUAUGUCAUCCAGGAAUAUAUGGAAACAGACUUGGCCCGGCUGCUGGAGCAGGGCCCUCUGUCAGAGGAACACGCCAAACUGUUCAUGUACCAGUUGCUUCGGGGCUUGAAAUACAUCCAUUCGGCCAAUGUCUUGCAUAGGGAUUUAAAGCCCGCCAACAUUUUUAUUAACACAGAGGACUUGGUGCUGAAGAUUGGAGACUUUGGAUUAGCACGGGUUGUGGACCAACAUUACUCGCACAAGGGUUACCUCUCAGAAGGCUUGGUAACAAAAUGGUAUCGAUCGCCUCGCUUGCUCCUUUCACCAAACAACUACACCAAAGCGAUUGACAUGUGGGCAGCUGGAUGCAUUCUAGCAGAGAUGCUUACGGGAAAGAUGCUCUUUGCCGGAAGCCACGAGCUGGAACAGAUGCAGCUGAUUUUGGAUACCAUCCCUGUUUUCCGUGAAGAAGACAAGGAGGAACUGCUGAAAGUGAUGCCAACAUUUGUCAACCGCACCUGGGAGGUGAAGAGGCCCCUGCGGAAACUUCUCCCCAAAGUGAACAGCAAAGCUAUUGAUUUUCUGGAAAAGAUACUCACCUUCAAUCCCAUGGACCGCCUGACUGCAGAGAUGGGGCUGCAGCAUCCUUAUAUGAGUCCAUAUUAUUGUCCUGAGGAUGAGCCCGUUUCUCAACAUCCUUUCCGGAUUGAAGAUGAGAUAGAUGAUAUUUUACUGAUGGAAGCCAACCAAAGCCAGAUGUCCAAUUGGGAGAGGUAUCAGGUGAGCUUGUCCUCGGAUCUGGAAUGGCGACACGAGAAGUGCCACGAUUUGGACGGGGUGCAACGUGAUCCUCGCGCAGGAUCAGAAUCCAUGGCUGAGGAAGCUCAGGUCGAUCCGCGGAAAUACUCCCAGAGCAGUUCGGAGAGAUUCCUGGAGCAGUCGCAUUCUUCAAUGGACAGAGCGUCGGAAGGGGAAUUUGGGCACUCCUGUGAUUACAAAGUGGGCUCGCCCUCCUACUUAGACAAGCUGCUGUGGAGAGACAACAAACUCCACCAUUAUUCAGAGCCCAAGCUCAUCUUGGACUUGUCGCACUGGAAAAGAGCAUCUAUUGCACCCACAGCCGAGCUCACGUUAGAAGAGGAGCCGUCAAACCUUUUCCUAGAGAUAGCACAGUGGGUGACGAGCACCCAGACUGGCCUCGAAUGUCCCAAUCCCCUUCCGGAGAUUCAGGAACGGAGUUUGCCAUCUUCUCCUCACCACCUCCACAAAGAGUCCAAGGAGGUCGACAGCAAAGGUGACCCUCAGUUUGACUUGGAUGUAUUUAUUUCGAGGGCGUUAAAACUUUGCACAAAGCCAGAGGACCUGCCUGACAACAAACUGAAAGACAUCAAUGGGGCGUGUCUUGCGGAACACCCGAGUGAGAUUGUGCAGACAGAGGUGUAUCAUAAAGAGAGGUGGUAA